AUGUCGACCGACAAAUGGGGUCCUAUGGAAAACGCCAUAACCUGAACCUCGUCACAACCCUGAGGCGCUGCAAUUGUUGACAAGCCUUGGCGUGCCACAAAAGCUACGCUUAAGGUCGUAACCUUCCCAAAGCCCCAGCGCAAAUUCACUGACCUUGGUACCGAAGGGGCCAAAGGGUGAGUACAUCGCUGCUGGAGAAGGCCAUGCUGCUGUUCCGCCCACAUAAGUAAAUGGAAGGGAUUUCAACCUUCGGUGAAAGAUUGCUUCAAAUCUUCCCUAUUUGUUCUUUCAGCUGGCAAGACAAUGGGGAAGCGAGCCUUAGAAAAGGCCGCUACGGAGACCACAUCCUACCCGUAGGGAGGUGACAUGUGGAUAUACCGAUAUGGACUGACCCAGGGGGCAGUACUACAUAUGGAAGGGGUCUCUGAGGCAGGUCCUACCUUGGAGUAGGGAUGGAACGGCUGCCAGAAGAGACUGACAGAGCGAUCUGUCAAGGGAAGACACGGGUUUGCCAAGAUGGAAACCUUACCGUGGAAGAAUACACAUAUGGGAUUACCCGUAGGGAACCCAGCCAUAUGGACACCUAGCCCAGUACAGGGGCUGACCGGCUCCGGGCAUGCUAACGCCAGUACUGGGCCUGGCGACAGACUGCUCCACCAAGUCUGACGCCGAGGGUGCUGGAGGAUGCUCGACCAGGGUACGCCAACCGGGGAACUCUACUGGGAGAAGAAGGCGCUCACAUCCCCGUGUUAGGGGGAAUGGCGCAGCAAGCGAGACACCCAGCCAGCCCUUCCCGCCAAUUACCUGUUACCCAACACACGGGAGGAAACUGGCUCUACACGGAGGUUGUAAAACCUCGCAAAGGUGUUAGGUGUCGCCCAGCCCGCAGCUCGACAAAUGUCUGCCAGAGAGGCGCCGUGCGCCAACGCAUAGGAGGAGGCCACACUCCGUGUGGAGUGGGCCCUCACCCCCAGGGGGCACGGCUCGCCUUGGGAAUGGUAAGCCAAGGCGAUGGCGUCCACUAUCCAGUGGGCCAACCUCCGCUUAGAGACAGCCUUCCCCUUCUUCUGACCUCCAAAGCAGACCAGGAGCUGCUCAGAGCUUCUGAAGCUCUGGGUGCGGUCCACGUAUAUGCGAAGCGCUCUUACGGGACACAGCAACGACAAGGCUGGAUCUGCCUCCUCCAGGGGCAGCGCUUGCAGGUUCACCACCUGGUCUCGGAAGGGAGUGGUGGGAACCUUGGGCACGUAUCCAGGCCGGGGUCUCAGGACAACGUGAGAGUAGGCCGGCCCGAACACAAGGCACUCUUCACUUACCGAAAAUGCUUGGAGGUCCCCGACCCUCUUGAUGGAAGUGAGCGCGAUCAGGAGCGCUGUCUUGAGAGACAGGAACUUCAGCUCAACCGAAUCCAGCGGCUCAAAGGGACCCCUCUGAAGUCCCGCCAGGGCAAUAGAGAGGUCCCAGGAAGGAAUCAGGGGUGUCCUAGGAGGAUGUAACCUUCUGGCACCCCUCAGGAACCUAACGAUCAGGUCAUGCCUCCCCAGGGACCGGCCGUCCACUGCAUCGUGAUGGGCUGCAAUCACCUUCAGGGUGGAGGGUGACAGCCCACGCUCCAGCCUACCUUGCAGGAAAGAAAGCACGACUCUGACCGGGCAUCUCCGGGGGUCUUCCCGGUGAGAAGAACACCAAUUCGUGAACAGACUCCACUUCAGAGCAUAGGCCUGCCUCGUAGAAGGGGCUCUAGCCUGAGUGAUAGUGUCUACCACCGCUGGGGGCAGAUCACUUAGGUCUGCCGCGUCCCGUCUAGAAGCCACACAUGGAGGUUCCAGAGAUCUGGGCGCGGGUGCCAAAUGGUGCCAAGCCCCUGAGA